CAGAAAUUGCUCUCGCUGUAAAUAAAACACGCCACCAGGCCCUGAAAUGUUAUUAGAUCAUUUCAUUUUGAGAACUUGGUUUGCAGUUCUUGAACACUUAGUAUAAAGAUAUAUAUGCACAUCAGCAUCCAGCACCUGAAGAAUGAUCCUUCUUCUGCUGGCAGCAGUAAUCUUGCCUGUGGCAAUUCUCUUCUUCUCCAACAGGCUUAGAAGACAUCAAAAAUCUCCAUAUCCGCCAGGCCCUCCAGCUCUCCCCUUCAUUGGAAACCUGCACCAGUUCGACACUUCAACUCCUCAUAUAUAUCUAUGGCGACUGUCAAAGAAAUACGGCCCCGUCAUGUUCAUGAAGAUUGGCUCAAAGCCGGUGCUCGUCGUUUCUUCACCAAGAAUCGCCAAAGAAGCACUGAAAACUCACGACCUCAUGUUUAGCAGCAGGCCGAGGGUUCUUGGGCUGUACACGUUAUCAUACAACUCCUCCGAUGUUGCCUUCGCGCCUUACAGCGACUCCUGGAGGGAACUGAGAAAGAUAUGUGUUCUUCACCUCCUGAGCAGCAAACAGGUCCAGUCGUUCCGGCCUGUCCGUGAAGAUGAAGUGAUUCGCAUGAUCAGGAACCUGUCUGUCAGAGCGAGUUCAGGUGAAGUUGCUAAUUUGAGUUUGAUAGUGGUGACUCUGACAAGCACCUUGAUCUGUAGAACUGCUUUUGGCAAGACGCGUGAUGAAGGAUCGGGAUCAGAACGGAGGUUUGAUGAGCUUAUGAUUGAGGCUCAGGCCAUGCAGGGCGGAUUCUUUCUGUCUGAUUACAUACCGUCACUUGGUUGGGUGGAUAAACUGACAGGAAUGAUUUCCAGGCUCGAAAAGACUUAUAAAGACUUGGAUGAAUUCUACCAAGAACUCAUCGACGAGCACCUGGAUUCGAACAGGCCAAAACCAGCGAAUCCAGAUAUCCUGGAUUUGUUAAUCCGGCUAAAAGAAGAAAACUUGUGUUCCAUCGAGCUCACCUGGAAUCAUAUAAAAGCAAUACUCAUGAAUAUAUUCAUUGCCGGAACAGACACUGGAGCAGCAGCGAUAAUCUGGGCCAUGACGGCUCUAAUCAAGAAUCCGACAACAAUGAAGAAGGUGCAAAGAGAAAUCAGAGAAGCGAUCGGGGAAAAAGGUAAAGUAACCGAAGACGAUUUGCCUAAACUUUCAUAUCUAAAUGCAGUGAUCAAGGAGACAUUGAGACUGUACCCGCCAACUCCACUCCUCCUGCCUAGAGAAACACUGGAGAAGUGCAACAUAGAGGGUUACAUCAUCCCACCUAAAACUUUAGUCUACAUAAAUGCAUGGGCUAUUGCAAGAGACCCCGAGUACUGGGACUGUCCGGACGAGUUUGUGCCUGAGAGGUUCUUGAAUACCAAAGUUGACAUCAUAGGACAAGAUUUUCAGGUGAUUCCAUUCGGAGCUGGCCGGAGGGGUUGCCCUGGAAUCUGGAUGGGGCUUGCAACGGUGGAGCUAGCGCUCGCCAAUCUUCUCUACACAUUCGACUGGGAGUUGCCUGCUGGGAUGAAGAGGGAGGAUAUUGAUACUGCAGUGUUGCCUGGACUCACCAUGCACAAGAAAAAUCCACUUUGCCUUGUGCCUAAGCAGAUUAAAGGCACAAGUACAUAAUUGUCAAAGUUACAGGACCGAAUGUAUUUUUUAUCACAUAUACUGCGUUUGACUGCGUCUGAUAUGUGUAUUGUAAUAGAAUGGACUUGUUUUAGGGGCUGGAGUUACUGGUGUUUGAGUUCGUGUUUGGCA